CUAUGGGGCUUCCGAUUGGACGGCUCUGCGGGGGUGUGACCGGAAGAGGCGAAUCUGAGCGGCGCAGGCCUGAACCGCGGUGUGCCGCGGACAUGGCGGAGCGCGGGAGGAAGCGGCCUUGCGGACCGGGUGAACACGGACAAAGGGUUGAGUGGCGAAAAUGGAAACAGCAGAAGAAAGAGGAGAAAAAGAAGUGGAAGGACCUCAAGCUGACCAAAAAACUGGAGCGACAGCGGGCACAGGAGGAACAGGCAAAGCGCCAGAAGGAAGAAGAGGAGGCAGCUGCCCAGAGGGAGGACCUAGGACGGCCCUACACCCUGAGUGUGGCCCUGCCAGGCUCCAUUCUGGACAAUGCCCAGUCACCCGAGCUCCGUACCUACCUGGCUGGCCAGAUUGCCAGGGCCUGUGCCAUAUUCUGCGUGGAUGAGGUCGUGGUGUUCGAUGAAGAAGGCCAGGAAGCCAAGUCUGUGGAGGGCGAAUUCAGAGGAGUUGGCAAGAAAGGGCAGGCAUGUGUGCAGCUGGCUCGCAUCCUGCAGUACCUGGAGUGUCCACAGUACCUGAGGAAGGCGUUCUUCCCCAAGCACCAAGACCUCCAGUUCGCAGGCCUCCUGAACCCCCUGGACAGCCCUCACCACGUGCGUCAGGACGAGGAGUCUGAGUUCCGAGAGGGGGUCGUGGUAGACCGGCCCACCCGGCCGGGCCACGGCUCCUUCGUCAACUGUGGCAUGAAGAAGGAGGUGAAGAUCGACAAGAACUUGGAGCCUGGACUUCGAGUGACCGUGAGACUGAACCAGCAGCAGCUCCCAGAAUGCAAGACCUACCGGGGCACGGUCGUGUCCUCACAGGAGCCUCGAACUAGAGCCGGGCUCUACUGGGGCUACACCGUCCGGCUGGCCUCCUGCCUCAGUGCUGUGUUUGCCGAGGCCCCCUUCCAGGACGGGUAUGACCUGACCAUCGGGACAUCGGAGCGUGGCUCGGAUGUGGCCUCUGCUCAGCUGCCCAGCUUUCGGCACGCUCUUGUGGUGUUUGGGGGCCUCCAAGGGCUGGAAGCCGGCGUGGAUGCUGACCCCAACUUGGAGGUGUCGGAGCCCAGCGUUCUGUUUGAUCUGUACGUGAACACAUGCCCAGGCCAGGGCAGUCGCACCAUCCGCACGGAGGAAGCCAUCCUCAUCUCCCUGGCCGCCCUGCAGCCCGGCCUUACCCAGGCAGGCACCCGGCCCACUUGAAGGUUCACAUAGGACACAGACAAGCAGGUGUGGAACCUGGCGGGGCUCCUGUGGGUCACCUGAGACAGCCACUGCCCAGUCUCCAAAAAUAACCGGCUUUAAUGCACUGCGGCCCCCAUACCUCAGUCCCGGGCCUGCGCCUCACUUGCCACCGGUAGUGAUGGCCUUGACGGUGCCCGCCCGCGCCAGGAUGUUGGGCACGAAGAGCAGCCCCGAGGCCCGCUCAAUGCUCUCGAUGGGCACCAGGAAGCGCUCGAGUGGGAUGGCCUCAUCCACUGGUGCAUUGGGCAGCACGUAGGAGCGCAGCUCAAUCUGCCCAGCCGCAGCCUCCAGGAUCAGCACCUUGAAGAAGUGUGUGGGCACUGCCACGUGAUUCUUGCCGAUGACCUGGUACUUCACAUAGGACUUCCCGUCGGCCUCCGUCCUGCGGGCACACCCAACACUCGUGGCCGGAGUCUCCAGGAAGCCUGCUCUGCUCUAGCUCCGGCUCUGCCCUCCUACCAGGCCUCCCCCACCCUCACCCUGACUGCAGGGCUCCGUGCACUGCGUGACUCUGUCCUUCUACUUCCCGCACAGCCAGAGGGCUGGCAAUAAACGCUGCUGGAAGUAGCAGGCCAAGUACACCUUC